UCACCAGUUGCUUAUCAGCUUCAAAGGCAAAACAUUACAAAAACCAAAUUUCAUUGAAUAAUUUUUGAAAAUUGACCUCUUCUAGAACAGUGAAAUCAACGAAAAUCAUUACUAUGAAGUUAAAUUUUGCUUUUAGCUUGCUUAUUAUGCUGCGAAAUUUAUCGGCAGCGAAAUUUCCCUUGGAUAUUCCUCAAUGUAAAGCAUCUGAUACAAACUGUCUUUCAAAAAUAAUAACAAAAAUUGUACAACAACAUCCAAAUGGACACUCUGGUCUUGCAAUUCCCAAAUUAGAACCCUUGCGUAUAAACCGAAUAGAUAUUACUCAAGGAGCAAGUAGUCCGAUUGCAAUUAAUUUAAAUUUCAGGGAUUUAGAUUUAUCAGGCAUCAGCAAUGCCGUCAUUAAUCGAGUCGUUGGUUUUGAUACAGAUCCGAGUACCAGCAAAUAUGAGGUGUAUGCAAUCGUUCCAAAAAUAUCUAUUAGCGGAAAAUAUAAAAUUGACGGUCGUGUACUUGUUCUUCCUAUCAAAGGUGAAGGCAAAGCGAAUUUGGUUUUUGACAACGCAAAUUUAGUAGUAAAAUACAAACCUAAAGUUAUUGAGAAAACGGGCAAAGAAUAUAUCCAAACCGAAAGGUUUCAGCUUGAUUUCGAUACAGAACGACUGCACAUAAAUUUGGAUAAUUUAUUCAAUGGUGACAAGGCACUGGGAGAAAAUAUGAAUCAAUUCCUCAAUGAAAACUGGCGUGAUAUUUUAAAUGAACUAAAACCAUCGAUCAGUUUUGCGGUUGAAGAAAUCCUAAAAGGAAUUAUAAAUAGAAUUUUUUUGAAAAUACCAUACAGUGAAAUCUUCUUAAAACAAUAAUAUACAAUUUAAAGAUGAUAUGAUAUGAUUUUCGAAGCAAUUUAUAAUGUAACAAAUAAUAUUUAAAAAUUACAAAACUAUAAACUAAUCCAA